GACCCUGCGCGGCUGCGCUGCAGGCCCCAGCCGCCAGCGCCCCUCGCCGGCCAUCGUCCACGCCAGCUCCGCCCUCACAGGCCGCAGCCCAGGACCCUGCGCGGCUGCGCCGCAGGCCCCAGCCGCCCGCACCACCCACCGCCCCCGCGCCCCCCUCCCGACGAACAGCAUGGACGCGCCUCCGCCCUCGCAGCCGGACGCCGCCGCGGCGGCGGCGCCCUCCUCGACCUCUGCUUCUGCUUCCUCUGCGGCGCCACCACCACCUAACCCACCGGCUUCCGCCGCCUCUGCCGCACCCUCUUCCGACUCCACCAUCACCACCCCUACCCCGAACUCUGGUACGGCAGCAAAUCCCGCUCAAACCCUAGAGGCCCCAGGCCCCAGCUCCGUGUCCGCGAGGCCGCCGCCGCCGCGAAUGAGGCCACCUUACACCCACCUAGCCUCGCCCAUUACGAUGUCCUCGUCCUCCUCUGCUGCCACAACUGCGACCUCCUCCUCCGCUUCCGUUCCGCCCUCUUCCUCCGCGGCACCCCCUAUACCAAGGGGAGGGGUUGUUGUGGGGAUCCCUGCGCCGCGUCCCGCACAGACGCCCGCUGGUUACACCGGGUUCGUGCCGCCGCCUCCGCUUGCUCACCAGUUUGGAUCGAUGCAUCGCGGCCCCGACCUGCCCCCGCCGUCAUCUUCACAGUUUAGGCAGCCUUCUCCUGGGAUUCAAAAUAUUGGGAUGAUUGGAUCCCUAAGCGCAUCCCAGGUGAGACCAGGAAUAAUACCCGGUCCACAGCAGCCAAGACCUGGCCUUCCAUCAUCAACAACUCCAAUUCCAUCUGGUAGUCAAAUGCCAGGUUCACAAAGAACCCCCUCCCAUGCUUUAAUGAGGCCGAUGACUGUGAGUUCUCCUGCUCCUUCCCCUGCUUCACAGCAAACUCCACAAAAUUCAACUUCAGCAUUUAGGCCGCAACAGAGGCCACAAGUUCCACAGCCAAGACCACAACAAUCUGCACCUGUGACUCUGCAUCAACAGAAUGUAAUUUCACAACAGCAGCAGCAGCAGCAGCAGCAGCAACUACCGCACAAUCAAAUUUUGCAGCAGCAGCAGCAGCAGAAGCAACAGCAACAAAGUUCCUCGCAUCAAAUUCAACAAAAUUCAGCACCCAAAAACCAGCCACAGCAUUCUCAGCAGCAAGCUGCUCGCACCCCAGUGACAAUGACACAGAAGCCUGAUUCACCUGCUAUACAAAAUACAACUGUUUUGCAAUCUGUCAAUACAGUCGCAACUGAUGCGGAUGUUAGUGAAACUGGUACUCGACUACUGACCAAGAGAAGCAUACAUGAAUUAGUUGCUCAGAUUGAUCCUAACGAAAAGCUGGAUCCUGAAGUUGAAGAUGUUCUUAUGGACAUUGCGGAAGAUUUUGUUGAGUCUGUCACUACAUUUGCUUGUUCUUUAGCAAAGCAUAGGAAGUCAAACACCCUAGAAGCCAAAGAUGUACUCCUCCAUGCAGAAAGAAGCUGGAAUAUCACGUUGCCAGGCUUCAGUGGGGAUGAAAUCAAACUGUACAAGAAACAGCACAUAAAUGACAUUCACAGGGAGAGGCUUGCUCUGAUCAAGAAGUCAAUGGCGACUGACACAAGAAACUCUGCUGCCCAAGCUGCAGCUAACCAGAAAAAUCAGACUCCAAAACCAUCUGCCCCAGCUGCUUCCCCAUGAAAGAUGUCCACAAGCCCCGCAAAACCAGUGUCACGCAUCGCCACCUGUGGUGUUUGGACAGUGUGGGUCUGUUGUACUGUUGAACCGUUGUGGCAGACUGGGUAUUGCUGCAGCAGUAGAUUUGUUGCAAUGAUUACAUGUACAGAUGAUUUUUUUUCGGGUACAUCGGUGGAAUGUGUUAUACAAGCAAUGUAGUUCCUUGUUUUCGUUGUAUGGUACUUUCAGAGCCUCAAAUAUUUUAUUAGCUGUCAAUGAUCGUCAUCCAAUACAGUACUAUUCGUGUUGAGAAA